AUGAAAUCUUCGUUUCACCAAAUCACGGUGCACCACGAUACAAUCCCUUUGACGGCAUCCGUGACGUCUUCCGGGCUUUUCGAGUGGUUGAAGAUGCCUCAAGGCAGUUCGACUGCCCCUGGGUGGUUUUGCAAAGUUGUCAACGAAGUCAUCAAAAAUUCCCGCGGCGUUGCAUCGUACUUGGAUGAUUUGAUCGUCUUUGAUGACACCCCUGCUACUCAUGUUGGUACCAUGCGCGCACUCUUUGAACGCUUUCGUACGCACAACUUGAAACUCACGCCUCCAAAAGCUACUAUUGGCGCUACUGAAGCAGACUUCCUCGGACACAUAACGGUGCCAAGCUACUACCGUGAGUUCCUCCCCAACAUGGCCAAACGCAUUCGACCUCUGACUACUCUACUCAAGAAGCAGGAGAAGUUUAUCUUCACCCCUUCCAUGGAGCAAGCCGUUCGCGUUUUAUUAGCUGAGUUGGCCAAUGCUCCCGUUUUGGUUUAUCCACAUUGGGAUGCCGUUUCAGACGGCUCGCGACCUUUUCAUCUUUACUGUGAUGCUAGUCGCGAUGGGUUUGGUGGGACUCUCGUACAAGAACAGCCAGAUGGUUCAAUUCGCCCACUUGUCUUCAUCAGUCGGGUUACUUUGGACUCAGAACAUCACUGGACUCCCCUCGAUCUCGAGGCGGGUAGCAUCGUGUGGUAUAUCAAGCGCCUUCGCGACGGCUCGCGACCUUUUCAUCUUUACUGUGAUGCUAGUCGCGAUGGGUUUGGUGGGACUCUCGUACAAGAACAGCCAGAUGGUUCAAUUCGCCCACUUGUCUUCAUCAGUCGGGUUACUUUGGACUCAGAACAUCACUGGACUCCCCUCGAUCUCGAGGCGGGUAGCAUCGUGUGGUAUAUCAAGCGCCUUCGCGGUUCCUUGUGGGGUACGAAAUUUCGCAUUUUUACCGACCACAAAUCUCUCGAGCAUUUUGUUAAGGUGGGGGAGAACAAUGCCCGAGUUCAGCGCUGGCAGGAAUUUCUUACCGCCUACAAUUACACUCUCAAGUAUCGCAAGAGUUCCGCAAACGGCAACGCUGAUUUCCUCUCACGCCUCCCAGUCGCUGCGGCCGAAUGCGACCGUUCGGGUCGCAGCCAUCUGACCCCGGCUGAGGAUGAGGAGGCGGUGUUUUUCAUCCGUUCGUGUGACCUUACCCCUUCCGGUGAUCGGGCCGCGGGUAUUGGCUUGGGUGGGCUUGCCCCCUGUACGGCUGACUUCGCUGAUUUCCGUCGGCACGGUAUUCCCUUUGUGGGGUUGCCCGUUGAGUCUUUUGUCUGGCAACGGCUCUCAGUUUUGCUCUAA